CAAGCUUUGAGAUUCUCCAUGCGCUGAGGAACUGAACCACCCCCUUUUUAGGACUCUGGAAGCGCAGCGUAUAGGACACCGCUGGAUACCUAGGUGCCUAUUCAGGAGCGUUUGUCUGGGCGAAAUUUUCGAAAUCUAGCAUCAACCCAGACCCAGUUAUCAGUCUCAGAAGCUGAUCUCACAUCUGCAACCCCACCCACUAUGACGAUAACACGGCCAGCGGCGACUGUGAAGAAGGAUGCAACUUUGGCCCCUGAGGGCGAGCGGUUCCUGCGCUGCUGCGCAGAUGUCGCGAAUGCGCUGAUAGAGGACUACGAGGCCUCGGCCAAAGACCCCAGUCGGCGCGCAAAAGACGUGAACCUGAACAGCCUUCGGUCCAAGUUCUCAAGGAGACACAAGCUGAAGAGGAUACCACCCCUGACGGCCAUCAUCGCCGCUGUUCCAGAGCACUACAAGAAGUACAUUCUACCAAAGCUGGUAGCUAAGCCUAUAAGAACGUCUUCUGGCAUCGCCGUGGUUGCUGUCAUGUGCAAGCCGCACCGGUGCCCCCACAUCGCAUAUACUGGUAACAUAUGUGUCUAUUGCCCUGGCGGACCCGACUCCGACUUCGAGUACAGUACGCAGUCAUACACUGGGUAUGAGCCGACGUCGAUGCGGGCCAUCCGCGCGCGCUACGACCCCUUCGAGCAGGCGCGGGGCCGUGUCGACCAGCUCAAGGCGCUAGGUCACUCGGUCGACAAGGUCGAAUAUAUCAUCAUGGGCGGCACCUUCAUGUCGCUCCCUGAGUCGUACCGUGACGACUUCAUCUCGCAGCUACACAACGCCCUGAGUGGCUAUCAGACCUCCAACGUCGAUGAGGCCGUCGAGGCCGGCGAGAUGAGCAACGUCAAGUGCGUGGGUAUUACCAUUGAAACCCGCCCAGACUAUUGCCUCCAGCCUCACCUUUCCAGCAUGCUACGCUAUGGGUGCACGCGUCUUGAGGUCGGCGUGCAGUCACUGUACGAGGAUGUGGCUCGCGACACGAACCGCGGUCAUACAGUAGCCGCCGUGGCAGAGACCUUCUGCCUGGCCAAGGACGCCGGCUUCAAGGUGGUGAGCCACAUGAUGCCGGACCUGCCAAACGUCGGCAUGGAGCGCGACGUCGACCAGUUCCGCGAGUAUUUCGAGAACCCGGCCUUCCGCACAGACGGCCUCAAGAUCUACCCAACCCUCGUCAUCCGCGGCACGGGCCUCUACGAGCUCUGGCGGACGGGGCGGUACCAGAACUACACGCCCAACGGGCUCAUCGACCUGGUGGCGCGCAUCCUGGCGCUCGUGCCGCCAUGGACUCGCAUCUACCGCGUCCAGCGCGACAUCCCCAUGCCGCUCGUGACGUCGGGCGUCGAGAACGGCAACCUGCGCGAGCUGGCACUGGCGCGCAUGAAGGACUUUGGCACAACGUGCCGCGACGUGCGCACGCGAGAAGUCGGCAUCAACGAGGUCAAGCACAAGAUCCGCCCCAACCAGGUCGAGCUGGUGCGUCGUGACUACACGGCCAACGGCGGCUGGGAGACAUUCCUGGCCUAUGAGGACCCCAAGCAAGACAUCCUGGUCGGUCUGCUCCGGCUGCGCAGGUGCACCGAGAAGUACACGUUCCGCGAGGAGCUGGUCGGCCAACAGACCAGUCUCGUGCGCGAGCUGCACGUUUACGGCACCGCCGUGCCCGUGCACGCACGCGAUCCAAAGAAGUUCCAGCACCAGGGCUUCGGGACGCUCCUCAUGGAGGAGGCGGAGCGCAUCGCCCGCGACGAGCACGGGAGCGUCAAGAUCAGCGUCAUCUCGGGCGUCGGCGUCCGCAGCUACUACAAGAAGCUGGGCUACUGGCUGGAUGGGCCCUACAUGAGCAAGUGGUUAGAUGGACGCCCAGGGCCAGAGUCGUGAAGUGAGAGAUAUAGCCGUUUUUAGCUGCUCAAGUACCAGUCAGACUUGGCUUUGUUCAAGGCUUGCUUUUUACCUUAGCCAAACGCUCCCAGGAUACGGUGCUUGCCAGAGUGACCUGUUCGACGGACCAGUCCUUGCCUGUUGCACGAUCGCUGGGUAUAUUCCUGGCCAUUCACCUGUAAGCACGUUGGUGCACUCCGC